CGAGUAAGCAUCGUGAAAGUCUCCCCUCCCACCGCUGUCAUGUCUAAGUCAGAGUCUCCCAAAGAGCCUGAACAGCUGCGGAAGCUUUUCAUUGGAGGUUUGAGCUUUGAAACAACCGGUGAGAGUCUGAGGAGCCAUUUUGAGCAAUGGGGAACGCUUCAGGACUGUGUGGUAAUGAGAGAUCCAAACACCAAGCGCUCCAGAGGCUUUGGGUUUGUCACCUAUGCCACUGUGGAAGACGUGGAUGCAGCCAUGAAUGCAAGGCCACACAAGGUGGAUGGAAGAGUUGUGGAACCAAAAAGGGCUGUCUUGAGAGAAGAUUCUCAAAGACCUGGUGCCCACUUAACUGUGAAAAAGAUUUUUGUCCGUGGCAUUAAAGAAGACACUGAAGAACAUCAUCUAAGAGAUUAUUUUGAACAGUAUGGGAAAACUGAAGUGAUUGAAAUCAUGACUGACCGAGGCAGUGGCAAAAAGAGAGGCUUUGCUUUUGUGACCUUUGACGACCAUGACUCUGUAGACAAGAUUGUCAUUCAAAAAUACCAUACUGUGAACGGACACAACUGUGAAGUAAGGAAAGCUUUAUCUAAGCAAGAGACGGCUAGUGCUUCUUCCAGCCAAAGAGGUCGAAGUGGUUCUGGGAACUUCGGUGGUGGUCGUGGAGGUGGUUUUGGUGGGAAUGACAACUUUGGCCGUGGAGGAAACUUCAGUGGGCGAGGUGGCUUUGGCGGCAGUCGAGGUGGUGGUGGAUAUGGUGGCAGAGGGGAUGGCUAUAACGGAUUUGGUAACGAUGGAAGCAACUUUGGAGGUGGUGGAAGCUAUAAUGAUUUUGGCAAUUACAAUCAAUCUUCAAAUUUUGGACCCAUGAAAGGAGGACAUUUUGGAGGCAGAAGCUCUGGCCCCUAUGGUGGUGGAGGCCAAUACUUUGCCAAACCACGAAACCAAGGUGGCUAUGGCGGUUCCAGCAGCAGCAGUAGCUAUGGCAGUGGCAGAAGGUUUUAAUUACUGCCAGGAAACAAAGCUUAGCAGGAGAGGAGAGCCAGAGAAGCGACAGGGAAGCUACAGGUUACAACAGAUUUGUGAACUCAGCCAAGCACAGUGGUGGCAGGGCCUAGCUGCUACAAAGAAGACAUGUUUUAGACAAUACUCAUGUGUAUGGACAAAAAACUCGAGGACUGUAUUUGUGACUAAUUGUAUAACAGGUUAUUUUAGUUUCUGUUCUGUGGAAAGUGUAAAGCAUUCCAACAAAGGGUUUUAAUGUAGAUUUUUUUUUUUGCACCCAUGCUGUUGAUUGCUAAAUGUAAUAGUCUGAUCAUGACGCUGAAUAAAUGUGUCUUUUUUUAAA